AUUAGCCAUAGGAAAGAAACCUAACCACAUCUGGAGAAAUCCCUCCUAUGUUUUCAAAGAGCCUACUUGGUGAAACAGCCAAGCAGUGCACACUCCUUCUGAAUUUGUCAUCUGACCUCCUCCUUAGCUUGAGAUCAUGGACACAGCUGCAGCAAUGACUCUUCUGGCUCUGAUCGUAGCGUUAGCUGGCAUCAGUCAGGCUCUUCAUGUCCAAGAUAGUCUGGGCAAAAAUGACAUCCUGCCUGGCAGCUCUGAGGAGAACGUGGCCGAUCGCCUGCUGAGGCUGGAGGAUGAAACCAGAGAGCACAGCUUGGAUAAUCGUCUGCUGCCUUUGGUGGUGAAAGCCCUGCUGCUGGGAUUCCAGAGAGAAACCAGGGAAUCUGUUCUUCAUCAGCCUCAGAGGUUUGGCCGCAGUUCCAGAGGGCAGGUAGUGUCCGAUGAUCAGAUUCAAGCCCGGGACUGGGAGGCUGCCCCAGGUCAGAUUUGGAGCAUGGCUGUGCCGCAGAGAUUUGGCAAGAAAUAGCUCGACAGUCUGUCGUAGUAUGAAGCCAUGUAUUAGGAUGAUGUUUAAGGCGACAAAAAAGUCAAUAAAUCUGAAAUUUGUUAACUUUCUCAA